UGAACAUCUUCAGGGGUUUGUCAAUUUAGUAUUCAAAAAGGCUAUUGACGAACCAAUGUUCUCAAUUACGUACGCUAUUGUUUGCAGAGAACUGGCCUUGCUGGAUGUGCGUUUGGCAGAUACCUCUUCAAAGAAUCCAGAAUUCGUGUCUUUCCGCAAGCUACUCGUUAUCCGUUGUAGAACUGAAUUUGAAACACUCUCUGUUAAUGACAACGAACGUACCCUUAAAUUGAAUGAAAUUGAAGAGUGUACACUUGCUGAAGAGAAAAAGAAUAUGCAGUUAAAACUAAAAAAUUAUGACAGAAAAGUUAGAAGGAAAAGUCUAGGCAUUGUCCGAUUCAUUGGUGAACUAUUCAAACAACAAAUGCUAACAGCUAAUAUGAUGAUACGGUGUUUAUCGAAUUUCCUCACUUAUGAUCAUGAAAUUAGCGUAGAAUGUCUGUGUACGUUGCUAAGAACCGUCGGUAAAAAACUCGAGUCUAAAUCCGUUAAUUUGGAUCAUAUAUUCAAGGCUGUGAGUGAAAUCGUGGAGGGAAAACAUCAAAAAGUAAGCAAUCGACUCAGAUUUAUGUUGCAAGAUGUGAUAGAUCUGAGAUGUUCAAAUUGGAUAUCUGGGCGGCAGUCGGAAGAAGAUCACACGAGAGUAGAAUUAUAUAUAAAACUUAGAGCCAUUCUAAACAGACUCACAUUAAAUUUUAUUUGUUAUUUCUAG